GUCAGAGUUCGUUUCAACCGAGGGAGAAGAGGAGAAAAGAUGGGAGGAUGCUUUUCAGAUGUGAAAGGAGGACAGCAAGCGGUGGGAGCGGGAGGGACCCGUUACAGUCCCAAUGCCGGAGGAGGAGGAGGAGGAGGAGGAAGCUCAACAACCAGUGUAGGUGGUCCCAACGACGCCGUUGACAUGUUUCAUCGAGCUCGCGGACAGCAGGCCCUCUUCACUGAGCUAGAGGCGAUAAGAGGAGGACUGAUUUCUGUUGAUAAUUUGUUCUUGAACUACUCCUUGACAUCGCGGUCCCCCAUUUGUGGAAACUUUCUUGACUUGGGUUUGUCUGUUGCUGAAUAUGCUGUUAGGUCUUCCUAAUACACUUUCGAGUUUCGACUCAAAAUAAAGGAAGGAUGUACUGUCAUGUAAACCAUGAAUUCCGCAUCGAUUAUUAUGAGUCUAGCUCUACUCACUCCAUUCUUUUUGCUUACUUUAUCUGUUUCAUUUAUUACUGCGACUGCGGCUGAUACUAGUAGAUGUAUCUUUGGCGCCUGCUUGCAGUUGUCAUUGUCUGCAUCAAAGUUACGUGAUCGUGACAUCUUAUCCAAGAGUGACCCCAUGGCAGUUGUGUACCUAAAGAAAAGAGAUGGAUUGCUCGAGGAACUUGGUCGGACAGAAGUUGUAUUGAACAGUCUAGAUCCUGCUUGGAUCCAGAAGGUUUCCGUCUCCUAUCAGUUUGAGAUGGUUCAGAUUUUAGUCUUUCAUGUGUAUGAUGUCGACACGAAGUAUCACGACUUACCAGCAAAGGCUCUGAAUCUGAAGGAUCAAGAGUUUCUUGGAGAAGCUACUUGUGUGCUGUCCGAGAUAGUAACUCAACGAAGUCAGAGUUUGACUAUAAAAUUGCAAAACAAUCAUGGACAAGUUGGCCCUAGAAACCUGGGCACUCUUACUGUCCAUGCCGAGGAGCCAGUUGCUUUGAAGACUGUUGUUGAUAUUACGUUUCGCUGUACCAAUUUGGAUAACAAAGACUUGUUUUCUAAAAGUGAUCCAUUCUUGAGAAUAUCCAGAAUAGUUGAGACUGGGAAUUCAGUACCCAUUUGCAAGACUGAAGUGGUCAAUAAUAACUUGAACCCAAUUUGGAGGCCCAUUAGUCUAACCAUGCGACAAUUUGGAAGCAAGGAGAACCCCCUAGUCAUUGAGUGCUUUGAUUUUGAUUCAAGCGGGAGUCAUCAAUUCAUGGGCAAACUCCAGAAAUCUAUGGCAGACCUUGACAAACUGCACCGAGAUAGGACUGGUGCAAACUUUGUUUCACCAGCUUCUUUGAACCGUGGGCGUGAAAAGGUACUCAAGGGCCAGCUUUUUGUGGAGCAAUUCAAUGAGAAACCACAGUUUAGCUUUCUUGAUUACAUAGUGAGUGGAUUUGAGCUCAAUUUCAUGGUUGCUGUUGAUUUUACUGCUUCUAAUGGAAAUCCUCGAAGUCCUGAUUCAUUGCAUUAUAUUGAUCCUUCUGGGAGGUUGAAUUCCUAUCAGCAGGCUAUAAUGGAAGUUGGAGAGGUCCUUCAAUUUUAUGAUUCUGACAGGCACUUCCCUGCAUGGGGUUUUGGUGGAAGGACCUUCAAUGGUUCAGUGUCUCACUGUUUUAACUUGAGUCCAAAUGGCUAUGAGGUUGAAGGAGUCGAAGGCAUCAUGGCUGCUUAUUCAGGUGCAAUACACAACGUUUCCCUGGCGGGACCUACUUUGUUUGGUCAAGUCAUCAACAAGGCUGCAGAAAUUGCUGGGCAGUCCCUUUCAUACAACAAAAAUAAAUAUUAUGUUCUGCUCAUCAUCACGGAUGGAGUCCUUACAGAUCUCCAAGAAACAAAGGAUGCUUUGGUGAGGGCAUCGGAUCUUCCAUUGUCUGUUCUUAUAGUUGGAGUUGGUGGUGCGGACUUCAAGCAAAUGGAGAUACUCGAUGCGGAUAAUGGAAAACGAUUGGAGAGCUCUACUGGUCGGAUGGCGACGAGAGACAUUGUGCAGUUUGUCCCAAUGCAACAAGUGUAUGGUGGUCAGAUAUCUGUGGUGCAAGCUCUGUUGGAGGAGUUGCCUGGUCAGUUCUUGAGUUACAUGCGUGCUCGGGACAUCAAACCGCACUCUCAUGCUCCUGGAACUUCUGCUUGAGGCAUCGGCCCAAUCUUAGAAAGCUCAUCAGUGCCAUCUGUAAAUAGCAAUUUUAUGUGGUUCACAGAAAAUGUAAAAAUGUCAGAUGUGUCAGAAGUUACAGCUCUUAAGGUCUAUGGUUCGGUUUAAUUGUACAGAGAGUUGUUGUUCGUGAAUAUUUUGAUCCUUUCUCAUCGUAAAAAAUGUAUAUAAAGUUUGACAAAUUCAUAUAUUGUCAAGAGUUAGCCUUGGGGCAUCAGCUGAGCAAA